AUGAUGGAAAGCGAUGAUCAAGUUUCAGAGUCAUCAAGUUCUGCAACCGAUUCUGAUAGUGAAACCGAUGACGAUUUAAACAUCUGUAAUCACUAUAUUCGCGCCGGUCAUGAAGGUUGCGAUGAAUAUACUGAGUUGACAACUUUUCAUGGAAUGAUUCGAGUUUUCAAUUCGAAAAACUGGCCAUCUUUAAUUUUCUGGUGCUUGGUAGUCACAACAUGCUUGGUGUUUUAUAUGAUUGUUUGUGGUUUAAUGAUAAGCACAUAUUCGAAACAACACUCGUUUCAGCGGAAAAAUUCAGAAAAAAAUGCCGAACAAAAAUUUGAUGUUGAAAUUUGCUCGAAAUAUCUCUAUAAUUGCCCAAAUAGCUCCAAUUUCUUUUUAUCGUGUCAUAAUGAAAACUCGAAAUGCAUAAAUGCUUCGUUUAUAAACCAUCUCAAAUUAGAAAAUAUUCCCAAAAGUUUUUUUCUCAAAAUAAAUCGGAAUCCAAGAAAAUGGUACUUCAAAGGGAAUCCAGGAAUUCAUCAUCGAUUACGUUUAAAGCAUAUCCAAAUUCAUCGCUUGAACCUUGUGAAUUCGAAUUGCUAUGAUUCUUGGGAUUCGGUUCCAUGGAUUAUAACAUCGCCGAAUGAGUCGUACAGCUUGGAAGAAUGUGAAAUAGAAAGAAGGAGGUUGUAUGGAGAAAUUCGUGACAUUCAAGAAUGUUAUCAAUGUUAUCCGCCGUGCGUUGAAGACAAGAUCGAAGUUAUUUAUUCUCGCACAUUUGUCAAUAAAAAUUCAAGUGUUAUUUCAAUGAGGUCCCAAUCAUACAUUACAGUAGUCCAUGAAAUCCGGAAAACCGGAAUAGUUGAUAUAUUAUCGAACCUUGGUGGUGCAAGCUCUUUAUUCAUGGGAUGCAGUUGCAUAACACUUUUAGAAAUGUUCAUAUUCCUUUUUAAACUUGUCUUCCAUUCUUUAUUGUCGAAGGAUGUGGGAAAUAAUGAAUUAGCACCGGAAGAGGACAAACGACUGACAUCGAGACGACGAGCCAUAAUUGGAAAGGAUUUCCAGAGUUAUCGCCAAACUAGGGAAUUGAAUGGAUUAUUGCUUAGGCUGCUUCAAAAUGCUCCAGACCAUCAAAACAAAUGA